AUGAGGUUGUUGACGGCCUGUGGCUUUCUGAAUAGGGGCCAUCACUUAGGCAUUGACAACUAUUUCUCCUCACCAGAACUCUUCUUCGAUCUCUAUGACCGAGGGACAACGGCCACAGGAACUGUGCGAGCAAACCGCAAGGGGUUGCCAAAACAAGCCAUCAAGAAAAAGUUGCGCAACAAUGAGACGGCUGAGCGUCGCAAAGGCCCACUGUUGUGUGUUGUCUACAAGGACGGAAGUAAGAAGCCAAUCUUACUCAGCACGGCUGUAGCAGGGGGGUUCCAACCUGUUGCUGUGAGAAGAGGUGAGCAGGUGCAGAAACCAAAGGUUGUGGUGAAGUAUAACAACACAAUGGGUGGUGUGGAUCUCAGCGAUGCAAGGCUUUACAAGUACUUGUCAGAGCGGAGAACACUGAAGUGGACUCUAAAGGUAGCGUUCUCAAUCUUCGGAAGAGCUGUCCUAAACAGCUUCAUCUUGUACCAGCUGAACACAACAGAUGCACCCCAGCUUUGCAGGCUGCAGUACAUGCACAGGGUGGUGCAAAGCCUUGCUGGGAACUACCACCCGCCCAAGGCAGUCGUGCGACGAAGGACCUUAGCGGAGAUUCAAGCAGCCAACGAGAACUUCCGAGUGGCUCCUGCCCAGCACCCCCCAGGUCCUGCAGUGUUGGGUGUCAACCACAGGAUGAGGAAGCUAGCUGUGGGGAAAAGACGCGACUGCGUUGGGGGGCAUGACCGAAGGGUUCGUACCUCCUACGAAUGCCUGGGCUGCAAUGUUGGACUUUGUCCUGAGUGCUUUGCAGACUAUCACAGAACCUAA